UUCGGGAUGUUACAAAUCUCUAAUGAGGGAGUGUGAUAUGGGUCCAAUCCGUGAGCUUAUUAUACCCCCAUGGGCUGUAUCCAUGCCUGUUACUAUGAACAUGGUUAAAGGAGACAUUGUAUCCAGGAUACAAGCUCUUAAAACUGACCUGCACAAUCAGCUAACAGAGCGGCGGCGUCGCCUGACACCACCAACGACGACGACUCCCAAUGGAGCUAGGAGAGAGGCGCACUCCGCUUCCGGUCAGAAGCAGUAUCUUGUGCCAAGAUUAACUCAAAGGUCUAGCAGUGCAUCACCGGUCUUAUCCAGAUUAAAAGUCAAACUCAAACGGAGCGAAUCCUUAUCAAAUUUGUUGGCCACUACACAAAGGAAUAAAAACUACCAGAAUCUAAAAAACUCCCGUCAUAGUCUAGACUCCCUAACCCUCAGUACAGCCCCUUCUAUCUCUUACACUAAAUCCCCAGUCCCAUCGUCAGGUAGCCCCUCCUCUUCUCGAUCAUUAGAUCCAUCCCCCACCCACCGUUCAAAGUUGACACUCCCCCACCUAAAUCCUGUCAGUAAAUCCCAAGGGUCAUCUCCGACAUCUCCUAGAACCCUGUCCCCAAGCAUCUAUCUUCCCAAGUCCUCCUCACCCACUAAGGGGCCGAGACCGAAAUCAGCUGUCCCUUGCAUGCAAUCAUCCUCUAAGGGAUCCAGUGGCAAGAUGAAGCCAUCUAAAUCUUUUGAUGGAGGUCUUACCUCUCCUGAUGUCUUCUUCUCCUCUAAGCCUACCUCCCUGUCUAAUCCUCACUUGUCUGAACCAACCCAUGAGGAGGCAGGCUCUGUUAAGCCCACGUUACUCUCACAAGCCUUACCCUUGCUGAAUAAACACAAAACUGGUGAGAAUGAUUCUGAGGAUUUGAACAGUUCAGCCAUGACCAAAAACCAAAUAUCAAACAACAAUCAAAGCUCAUUAUCAGGUGGUAUUAUGACUAAUACAAGUGCACACUCUGCUUCAAAUGCUGCAGCCCCUGUCACUUCAAACAUGGGUAGUAUGUCAUGUUCACACACCCCAGGUAGUCAAGAUUCCCAAACCAUGGAAACACUUGACCCUUCCUCCAGACCUACUAAUGGCAUAGGGAUCUCUGAUUCUGUAACCCCAUCAGAAGCAUGUUUUUCUCCUGGGAUGAUGGUUCUUUCUCCUUCCUCCAUCUCUAACCCUAGCCCCCCUCCCACCCCGACCAUAGCACCUAUACCAACCCACCCCCCUCUUACCCGUACAUCUGUGUCAAUGUAUCGAUCCAAGGGGCAGCGAUCUGCCUCCGAGUCUGGUUUCGACCCAAGCACCCCUGAUUUUGGUGAUGGUGAUAGUGAUGAUGAUGGUGAUGCAUGCCUACUGCAACGGAAUGGAGCAGUGCGGGGCAGGCCCCUGUCUACUCAAAUUAUCUGUUCAGACUUUAUAGGUUCAUCUGCACAAGAUGGAAACUCUGAUCUUAGACUCAAGGAGGAAUAUGGUUCAGAAGAUGGUCAUUUAGUUCGAUUGUUUGAUGGACCAGCCUCUCUAGAGAAAGGUUCAUAUCAUCUCAUCUGUGUUGCCAAGGAUACCACCAUGAAACAGCUGACAGAAACGGCAAUGAGGUCAUUUUACAUUGCUGACAAUGCUGCUCUAUACUACCUCACAGAAGUAGCAGAAUCAGGUCAAAACGGUUCCCAGACUAUUGAGAGAAGACCCAGGGACAAUGAGACAGUUCAUCAACUCUGUAAACAUCAUCCUACUAAGAUUCCAUCAUUCAUACUCAAAUACCAGGGAGGUGACGCAAAGAAGGGUAUAAUCAAGGUGUAUCCUGGCAAUUUAGAUUCUCCAGUGCCUGUUGAGUUUACAUCAAUCUCUAUCACCAGUUAUAUUUCAGUGGAGGAGAUCAUUGAUAUGUCCUUGCAUAAAUUUGGCCUUGAGGAUGAAGAACCAGUUCAGUACUCUUUAGUUGAGAUGAUCAUGGAUCAUGAAUUACAAGAAAGAGCUAUGGAAAGAGAUGAAUGUCCAUGGACUCAACUUCUCAAAGCACGCAAGAACUCUCUACGGAGGAUGCAGAAGACUCGAUACUACCUACAUAAGAAGGAUAAGUGUGCAUGUCAUCAAGGAGCUCAAAUGUUUGUUGGUAACCUACCAAUCAAUCUAUCAGAACAUAAGUAUGCACACAUCAUCAGGCACCUGCUAGAAGAAGCCAAUUGCAAGGUCUUCAAUGCAGUGAACAGUGUAUAUGAGCAAUAUGGAGCAGCAAUAGUCUGUUUCAAAGACCCUGAAGUAGCGAUGAAAGCCUUCUAUGUUCUCAAGGAUCAGUCAUAUGAUGACAGGCCACUCACAGUCCUCUUCAUUCCAGAAAUUCAUUGUGAGGCGCUAAGUGAGGAUGCCAUCCCAUUACUAGUCUUUGUUAACGUUAAGAGUGGUGGUUGUCAAGGAGCUGAGGUGAUGGACUGCUUCAAGAAGAUGCUCAAUCCACUCCAGGUCUUUGAUCUUGACCAGGGAGGACCUCUCCCAGGCCUCCAUGUUUACAGUCAUUUGAGGGAGUAUCGUAUCUUAAUCUGUGGUGGUGAUGGUACAGUUGGUUGGGUACUUCAAUGUCUAGAUGAUAUCGGUCAAGAAUCAGUCUGUAGCUCACCAGCUAUCGCAAUACUGCCAUUAGGAACAGGUAAUGAUCUAGCGAGAGUGCUGAAGUGGGGUGGUGGUUACCAGCAAGGAGAAGACCUGUUUGCUAUGCUCAACUGUGUGUUAGAGGCUGAAGAAGUCAAACUAGACAGAUGGACAGUAAUCUUUGAGCCAAGUGAACAAGGUCCAGGAGGCAAAUACAUUGAUGCAGACAACAAAUCCAACUCAUCCAACAGCAGCUCUAGCAAUGAUGAAAUGCCCAAUAUGUUUGUCAUGAAUAACUACUUUAGUUUGGGCAUUGAUGCCGAUUUGUGCCUAGGAUUUCAUCUGGCCAGAGAAGAAAAGCCAGAGAAGUUUAAUAGCAGAUUGCACAACAAGAGUGUGUACUUCAGACUUGGUAUGCAGAAGCUAGGUAGGAGGACCUCUUGCAAAGAGCUCAACAAAGAGAUAAAGAUUGAGGUCGAUGGUAAACCUGUUUCCUUACCAACACUAGAGGGCAUACUCAUCUUGAAUAUAUCAAGCUGGGGAUCAGGUGCAGAUGCCUGGGGAAUAGAUGGACAGGACAACUCAUUUAGUAAGUGUCGUCAUGACGAUGGUAUGCUAGAGCUGGUAGGACUAACAGGUGUGGUCCAUUUGGGUCAGAUCCAGAGUGGUCUUCGGUCAGGGGUUCGUCUUGCUCAAGGAGCACAGAUUCGGAUCACUAUGAACACUGACAUGCCAGUACAGGUAGAUGGAGAACCAUGGAUGCAGCUUGCUGGUCAAGUAGUGGUAUGUCGGUCAGCCUUACAGGCUACCAUGCUAAAGAAAUCAAAAUCAAAGAUCAAACGUCGGAACACUGAACCGGCACUCCCAAACAGUCAGGAAGGUGGCGCUGCUGGCCAGAAACGAGAUCAGCAGGGUCGUCUGACAGCAAUGAAGAGUGACGAGACGACGAACCAAGUUUGAGCAGCUCCAUAUUUUAGAUCCCUUUUAUUUUAUUCCCUUUUCCUCAGAUUAUGGUAGAAUCCAUUCCUCGCUAUAAUAUGCUUGCAUCAUUGUUGAAAGUAGUGUUGAUUACCAACAUAAAGAAUUCCAAGUUGGAUUAAGUCUGAAUUAUAUUGGGAGACUAGAUGAGUUAGGCAUAGAUGGUGAGGAGUUGUGUCACCUCAGACAUCUUUCUUUCCUUGUAGUCAUAAUAAGAUGUUUAUUUCUCCUGUUAGACAAAAGUACUGUAAGAUAAAGUAUAAAUCAUUCUGCCUAUGUAGACAGUAGUAAGUUUUUUUUAAUGAAGCCUUUAUGUGAGCUCUUGAUGAGCCAUGAUGAUGUCACAAUUAUUCUCAUAAUAUUGAAUGGUGGUUACCAUGAAGACACAAAGAUGCAAUCUUCUAACAUCAUUUGGAGAUGGAGUGAAUAAAUUUGAUGAGGCUUGAAUGAAGAAGUUUGAAUGAAUGCCCAGGAAGCUAACUGAGAUCUUCUGCCACCAAGAAAUUGGUAUAAUUGCGGUUUUGUAGACUGCUAUGAGUUUGUGAUUAUGAUAAUCAAAGUUUCCUGUGGUUCUAAUCGGAGAACAGAGAAAGACUGUCUUUCACAUUUGACAUUGCAUUAUGGUUACGAAGGAGAUUCUUUGUUCUCUCCACAUUGAAUGAUUGACCUUGGUGACACCUAUCUCGUCAUUGUCUAGACUGUCUUUCUUUAAUGAAGCUGUUUUCAGAGCCAAUGACUCGGGUGUGAUUUAGGUAUGACCUAAAGAGAUAUUAGACCAUGAUGGGGUAUUGAACACUGUCCCUAUACAACCUUUGAUGUAGAGUUUAGUAGAAGGUAUGAAAAAGGUUCCUCCAUUCAUAAUAUCCUCACUUUGAUUGAUAUGAACAAUGUAGACAUAGUAGUCCCUAUGGUAGAAUUGCUUAGAGUCACAAGCUGAUCUUCUGGGUUCGUUUGUCUUGGAUAUUUGCACCAUAAUGCGUAGCUUUAAGUCAUUCAUUAUUGCUUUUCUAUAAAUUUACGAUUCUUAUAAGUGACAAGAGUGAGAGAAGAAGUAUGACUUGUGUAUAAAAGAGAAUUAAAUGAGACGUGUGAGCUUUUAUUCUAAUGCGAUGACAAAUAAUUGAUACAUUUUUCAUAUAUAUGCCACUGUUGUGCAGUGUGCAAAUGAAAUGACUUACAAACAAUACUGCAACUUGUAUAUUUUUAAGAAUUUGAGAAUGAUAAUGAGUAAUUCAUGCAGAAAGGAUAUUCUGUUUGGAGUAGCGGUGUAAUUCUCUCAUCAUUACUGUGUAUUGACUCGUUUCUUUCUCUAUUAACAUAUGCCUACUUUGUGUUGUAUAUAUCCCUAUGGGGAUAGCUUAACAAACCAUGUGAUCGAGUUCUGGCAAAUGAUGAGAAUAUUUGACAGUUUUGAUAUGACUAUGAUGAUGUGCAAUACUAGUGUGAUGUGUGUAUCUUAGAAUGCUCUGCACAGCACAAUAUAUAUGUCCUGCCCAACUCAAAAUGAAAAGAUAAGGAAAUGAUUCAAGUUUUAAUUAAAGAAGAGAAUCAACUCUUUAUUGUUUAGUGAUUUAAAAGAGUUUAUUACAACUUCUUAAUGAGCUGAGUUAAGGGUUAUAUUAAGAUGAGACAUCAUUCAAUAGCAUUUACACAUCUGAGAGUAUAUCGGACAGAGGGAUGAUAAAAAAGGUUAUCUUGGUUGAGUUUUAAACUUGGAUCAUUUCCCAGAAAUCUUUCAUUUCUAUACUUGACUUUAUGAUCAAACUAAUGUAAUAGAAACAAUCAUUUAAAGAUUGUCACUGAGAGAGAAAUGAAGACAUUUUGUGUGUGCUUACUGUCAGUUUGAAUACAAAAUUGACAAAAAAAAUAUUACCAUUUCUUUCUGUACAAUGUCACUGUCUUACAUAUUUAUGUAUUCAUGUUUAACACACUGAUGCAAUUACACUAAAAUUUGUAUAGAUUAGAUGCCAGAGAUUUUUUAAUAUUCAUAUAACUCCUGUAAAAUAAAAAUUAAAAAAUUUGGAGCGCAAUCUCAUUAUGCUAAAGUGUUUGGUCGAUAAAAGAGCAUGUCAGAACAGCUAUUAUUUUUGCCUUGCAAAUCAUUCUUUGUUAUUUGAAAGGAGUAAGAGCAAGGCAGUUUGUGUUUAUCGUGUGUUCUCUUUGUCUGAGUUAGUUCAAUAUAGGAGAGAAACAGCUUAUAUUUUGUUCUUGAAAUUCAAACGAAUGUCAUAAACACUGUGUGGCUGCAAAUUGUAUAUAAUUGAAUGCAAACUGCAUUUCUAUUUAAAAAACAGGGUCUUUACAUUAAAAAAGAGAGAUACUAGCUGAAUAUUAUUGAGUGAAUAAAAGAUGUGCAGAAUAACAUGAAAA